AUAUUUAUUGAACAAUCUUAACCAUCUAGUUAAAGAUAUACGGAGAAUAAUUCUGAAAUGAUUUUGUGUAAAUAAUAAAGCUAUGACACUGUUGCUUAAUGUCGAGCAGAUUGUGAUUGAACUAAUCACAAGUAUGGUAAAUGAUGAAGGCGUUACUCUCAAAGUUCCACAUUAUUUAGUUAAAGACCCGAAACUGAUGAAUUUUCGAAAGAUUACGUACAAUAAACGUCAAAGCCGACAUCGAUUCUGUCUGGUUGUGUAUUUGUUGGCCGAGAUACAUCGACUGCAAUUGUUUGGCGGUAGUUGCACUGUUCGUGGUCUCUAUUACCGUGAUACGGAAAUGAUUCGCUCACAAUCCUAUAUUGAAUCGGCCAAGUUAGAUGUCUGUCGUAUGCUAAACACGGCGCCAGUUUUACUUGGUUUACUAUCGGCGUCCAAAGGUAUUAUAUCAGGCGACGUGAAGCUGCUGAUGAACAACGGAGAUGUAAUCGACUGCAAUAUUUAUUCCCGGGCAACCACAUUGCCAACGGACUUUGAGAAUGUUGAACGGAUUGUCACAAAUGCCCAAAUGGUUCUCAUCGUUGAAAAGGAAUCAGUUUUCGAGAGUUUGCUAUCCCAGAAUUCCUUUAGCACAUUUGGCUUACGCUUCAUUUUGAUGACGGGCAAAGGAUAUCCGGAUUGCACUACACGGCGUAUUGUCCACAGAUUGUCCGUUGAAUGCAAUCUUCCCGUUUAUAUCCUUGUGGAUGCUGAUCCCUUCGGCAUUGAGAUUAUGCUCGUUUAUCGCCAUGGAUCGCAAGCAAUGAACUUCACCUCAAAUACUCUUAUCACGCCCACUUUGCGUUGGAUUGGCCUGCAUCCUUCUGAAAUUGAUAAGGUUUCCAGCACUGCAGUUGCUCUUACCAAAUAUGAUAAUAAGAAACUUGAUGAUUUACUUUCUCGCAAGGACUUGAGCUUUUCCAUCAGACAAGAACUUUGCACUCUGCAACAAUCGCAGCUAAAGGCCGAAAUCGAGAGUGUCAUCGAUUUUUUAAGCCCUUACUAUCUACCCACUAAAAUUAAUAGAAAUUUAUUUCUGUAACUUCAAAUGAUUUAAAGGAAAAGCCGUAA